AGUUAGCUGAUGUUUUGUCUCGGCUAGUUUGUUAGCUUAGCAUGCUAACUCCAGAGGUUUUGCCCACAGCCCGGGAAGAGCUCCGAGUCCGCUCCGCCAUUUUGUGAUUCACAUAAGCUUGAAAAUCAGCAAAAACAAAUUUUUUCAAGGAUGGCAGAGGCAGACCGACCAGGAAAGCUUUUCAUCGGUGGCCUCAACACUGAAACUACAGAGAAAGCUCUAGAAAGCUACUUCAGCAAAUUUGGUCGCAUAUCUGAAGUCCUGUUGAUGAAAGAUCGUGAAACAAAUAAGUCCAGAGGGUUUGCGUUUGUUACGUAUGAGAAUCCUGGUGAUGCAAAAGAUGCUGCACGGGAGUUAAAUGGCAAGGCCCUGGAUGGAAAGCCCAUCAAGGUAGAGCAGGCCACAAAGCCUCAGUUUGAAUCAGGCCGUCGUGGCCCACCGUCAAUGCACCCACGUAGUCGAGGCCCUCCCAGAGGCCCCCGAGGAUCCAGAGGUGCUCCUAGUGGAAUGCGGGGACCACCAAGCAGAGAAUACCAUGAUAACGUAGAGAGUGUAGAACCUUUCUUUAAGGGGAUGUCAUCCAGAGGACCGCCACCUCUGAAAAGGGGACCUCCAAUUCGCAACGGAGGGCCGCCACCGAAAAGAUCAGCACCUUCUGGACCAAUGGGCAGACCCCCAAUGUCCAGGGAUCGAGAUCCUUAUGGGCCUCCACCUCCCCGCAGAGAAUCACUUAUGUCAAGGAGGGAUGACUACCCAUCACCACGUGAUGAUCAUUACAGUUCUAAAGACAGCUACUCCAGCCGGGACUACAUGAGCUCACGAGACAGAGACUAUGCUCCUCCACCACGUGAUUAUUCAUAUCGAGAUUAUCCAUCCCAGUCAAGCUCCAGAGAUGACUAUGGUUCAGGGUCCAGAGGUUACAGUGAUCGCGAUAGUUAUGGGGGAGGACGAGAGACAAGGGGCUAUAUGGAGCGACCAAGUUCAGGCUCCUAUAGAGACCCCUAUGAUGGUUACGGUAAUUCGCGCAGUGCCCCACCCUCAAGGGGUCCCCCUCCAUCCUACAGUGGGAGUGGCGGAAGCAGUCGCUAUGACGACUAUGGCAGCAGUUCCCGGGAUGGAUAUGGCAGUCGCGACAGUUAUCCCAGCAGUCGGAGUGAGCCAUACUCCGCUAGCCGUGGUGAGCGAAUGGGCAGGCAAGAGCGAGGCCCAGCCCCACCACUUGAGAGAGGCUACCCUCCUCGAGAAUACAGCAGCUCAAGCCGUGGAGCCCCACGGGGUGGCGGCCGUGGAGGCAGUCGAGCAGAUAGAGGAAUGAGCCGAAAUCGAUACUGAAAUGGACUCAAUGUGCCGGAAGGGUCAGCUUUCAUUGUGGGGCAUUCUACAUGUGCAGAGAAUUGAGUUUUUAACAUAAAUGGACUUAAAGCUGUACCCAGACAAAGUAAACUUGUAAAAUUAUUUUUUUUUGUCUUUACUCUCAUUUUAAGUGUUACCGUUUCUUUCUUUGUUUCCCUGCCCAUGUCCCAUUUAAUGGUACUGUUGCCAAUUUAAGUGAUGUUUAGUUUUUGUACCUUAGUGAUGUUAAACCUGCAAUGCCCAAGAGUAUGGUUUCCAUUUACCAAUAAAACAAUUUUAAUCAGAGCUUGCGCUGCACUGCUGUUCAAAGAGGACCAUGGAACCAAUGAAUGUCAGCCUCAGACUCUCAAUCCUUUUAUGGUGAGAGUUGAGCAAAAAAUGAAUCAGUAUAGAUUGUGGACAGUAUUCUUGUUGACUUUGUUCAGUCUGUUGAGAACAAGAGAUGUCACUGUACCAAACUUUCUAUCAGUGUAGUUUUUCUCAGUGCAAAUGGAUCCCUCAUCGUAAAGUGUAAACUUUGACGGCUUGCAACGACCAAUCCAAAGACAAGCAAAAAGCAAGAAACAAUUCAACACAAGAUUUAACGUGUCAACCACUGGUAAGCAAAGCAAACCCUUUUGUCUCUGGUCUAAGUGAACUUCACUCGAUGGUGUGGGUUUCAGCCUCAACUACAGGUUAGUUAAAUGUCAUUCCUGCCUCUACUGGCCUUACCAAUGCUAUCCUGCAAUCUUAACACCGUACUUGUAUUCCAUACUGAACAACCUGACCAAAAAACUGCACCCAAAGGAGACUAAUAUUUUUUUUUAGAAAGCCAAUGGAUCAUUGAGUUAAAGGCCCAUAGAUUCAAGAUCAAAUGACAGCCAAAAUUUUCAAGGGGAAAGAUAAUCUGAAGGAUUUUUUGCCACUUCUGCACCACCACUUUGCAAAUGACCAAAUGGCCUUUUCUUUUUAAAGGAUAUUAAAAUGAAGCCUCCAGCCAAAGGACCACUUCCUCAGUGUUGUGUAAGCCCUCCCACCUUAGUUUAUAAUUUAUACUCAGACCAUUCUGUCAGUGGACCUAUAUUGAGCUUGUAGAAAGUUGCCUUAAGUUUAACAAAAGUCAGAGCCGAUCACAAGCAUGCCAAGUCUAACAAAAGGAGACCACUUGGAAUCAGCCUGGAAAGUAAACUGGAAGCCCAAUCUAAUUGGACCUUGAUUCUUUCCUUUUUCAGUACAUAUGUGUUUUAUUCAUAACUUACCCUUUCAUGCCUACAGCAGAAUAUUAAUUGGAUUUGUUUCUUGUUGCAGGAUGAACAUUGCCAUGUCCAUGAUGGGACCAUAACUGAUACAGUGCAAAUUACCAAUUAUGCUUGUAAUAUGGCCAUGUCAAGUACACUAUGCAUUCAGCAGAUCUUUUACCAGAAUCAGAUCAAGUGAAGGACCUGGCCCAGCUGGAGUUGUGCAAGGAUGGACUUGAGAGAAUGGCAAGCUGCUGAUACCAGUGAUGCAAGCUAUAACUCAAGAUUUCUGCAAUGCAUUUUACUAGUAGACGCAGCCAUGAGAUCAGUUGAAAAAUGUUUUUAUAGUAAAAAUAUGCUGUGUAGAUCUGAUUUUAAAUUUCUAGAAUUUGAGUCUUGACCAAGGACUUUCUUCUUGUCAGAGUGACUGGAUAUAUCUCAAAUUUAUUUAGUAUAAAACUACAUUGCAGAGAUCUUUAAUCUGAAUGAGUUAAAUUGUUUCGCUGGUGUCAUUUUAGGCUAAAACCACUUGCUAUACUUGAGUGGUGUAUGUUUGUAGUGAGUUGAAAUAAAUAUUUAAAAUUGUUUGA